GUUAAUAUCAAACUAAAUGGUCAUGAACACAUUUUGCAGUUUGCUCUUCAUUUUGUUGGUUUUCUGUGUUUAUAACGCAAGUACAACAGGAGGAAUUUAUAACAGACUUCUACAUCCGAGAGGCACUGGAAGACAACAACUACUUUACCACAAUUUUAACAACCGAUAUGGCGAGGUGUUAAGGCGCAAUCAGCCAAGAUCUGAUUACGACACACACGACGAACUGAUUAAAAAUGUACAACCCUUGCAACAGCGCCAAGAGGAAAAAUUAAAUAAACUUGAAAAACUCUUUGCAGACAUAAUGCUUGAGGAUAAUAGCUAUAAGAAUGUUUUAUUCAGUAAGAAACAAGAGAGCAAUGAGAUCGACAUAGAGCCUUCUAUGAUGAGAGACACGCGAAACAAUUUCUUAGAAAUGCUUCAACUAAGUAAUUGGAUUCACCGUGUCUUGUCUCGCCUGGCAGCGACACCGCACGAGCAGCAGGCCGCACCAGUCACAGGUAAAAGAUGCGACGGUGUAUCGACGUGUUGGUUACACGAGCUUGGAAACUCAGUGCAUGCCACAGCGGCAGGAAAACAGAAUGUUGGCUUCGGCCCCGGGAGAAAAUGAAAGCCGGCUACACCAGAAAUUCAAUUUUCUGCAUGUUGCAGAUUCUGAGCCAAAAGCCUUUUUAUUCUAUGAACUGU